GGAGGAGCGUGCGGCGGCGCGGCCGGGAAUGGCGGUCCUCAGCGCCGUUCGCCGCCGCGCUGAGGUGAGAGCGGGCGGAACGGGGCAGGGCCCGCCCUGAGCAGCUCGCGGGCGGGAGCCGCGCCGUUGGGCGGUCGCGGCCGCCCGCUCCCCGCCUCCCCCGGUCCGGCGGCCGCCGCCCCCUCCUCUGCCCGGGCAGCUCGGCAGCGCCGGCCCCGCCGCGCCCGAACCGCGACCAUUUUCUACGGCGUCGCUGCCAUUUCGCGCAGGGGGGGCGCGGCGCCUGGCUGGGGGCCGCCGGGCGGGACCCGGCCCGGGAGGGCCUUUCCAGCUUUCUGGAAGCUGUACGUGUCGGAUCUUUCUGGUGCUCCUCAGAAAUAAAACCACCUUUGGCGGUGAAGUAAUCAGUUUGAAGCGUGGCCGCUUUCUGCAGCUCCCUGCUGGCUGCCCGAACACCCGCUGGAUCCGGAGGGCGGUUGUGCAGUAAAAUGAAGUUUCUGAAUGAGAUCUGUAGCCUUAAAGGAAACCUUAGGUGGCAAAUGGAGUAAUCAGACCAUUUCUCCAGCGUUUGUCCCUACCUCUGACAGGUGCCUUCUUCUGCCUGAUGACCUUAGUCCUCAGGGACAUGAUGGAGCUCCUAGAAGAAGAUCUCACCUGUCCCAUUUGCUGUAGCCUGUUUGAUGACCCUCGUGUCCUGCCCUGCUCACACAACUUCUGCAGAAAGUGUCUGGAGGGAAUACUGGAUGGAAAUGUGCGGAACGUGCUGUGGAGGCCAUCCCCUUUCAAGUGUCCCACGUGCAGGAAGGAAACUCCUGUUACUGGAGUCAACAGCUUACAAGUCAACUAUUCCCUGAAGGGUAUCGUGGAGAAGUACAACAAAAUCAAAGUAACUCCAAAAAUGCCCGUGUGCAAAGUGCACAGCGGGCAACCCCUGAACAUUUUUUGCCGGACAGACAUGCAGCUGAUCUGUGGGGUUUGUGCCACCCGUGGCGACCAUACAAAGCAUGUGUUCUGUUCUAUUGAGGAAGCUUAUUCCCAGGAGAAACGGGCUUUUGAAACCCUGUUUCAGGGCUUUGAAACGUGGCGUUGUGGAGAUGCGCUGUCUCGGCUGGAUACCUUGGAAACCAGUAAGCGGAAAGCUCUGCAGAUGCUGACCAAGGAUUCUGACAAGGUGAAAGAAUUCUUUGAUAAACUGCAGCACACGCUGGAGCAGAAGCGAAACGAGAUUCUCUCUGACUUUGAGACCAUGAAGCUUGCAGUGAUGCAGGCCUACGAUCCGGAGAUCAAUAAACUGAACUCGAUUCUGCAGGAGCAGCGGAUGGCUUUUAACAUUGCAGAGGCCUUCAAAGACGUGUCUGAACCCAUUGUAUUUCUGCAACAGAUGCAGGAGUUCAGGGAAAAAAUCAGGGUGCUCAGAGAAACCCCUUUACCUUGUUCCAAUGUGGACAUCACCCCUACAAUGAAGAGCUUUGAUACCAGCCAGUGGAAUGGAAUCAAAUUGGUUGAUGUGGACAAACUUUCAUUACCUCAGGAAAACAACGGUCUGAAAUUGAAGAUUCCCUCAGUCUUUUCACGCAGAUUUAUAGUAGCCUCUCUCAUUUGCUUGCUCAUUCUUGCUAUCACCAGAAUGUCCUUUGUGGAGUCUGUGGUUGACAACUUCCAGUGCUGGAAAUCUCAGUUCUUUACCAUUAGCUUGUCCUAUCUGGCAGAUACGGUGGAGAUAGCUGAUCAUGCAGUCUUUUACUGGGAACAGAUGACUGAUGGAGCUUCACUUCUGAGCGAGAAGUGUAAAAACUAUACGUUGGUUGUACUGGAUAAUGUUGCACAGUUUGUGUGCAAGUACAAACUGUUGUGAAGUCCCUACUGAAAUGUAAGAAGUAAAAGAGAUUUGAUGGGGAAAAAAGCGUAGAACGUUGUAACAUUAAUUGUGUGGGGUUUUUUUGUUUUCUUAUUAAGACUCUCAGUGUCAGCAGUCGGAGAUCUGAGAUGUUUCCAGAGUGUCUGUCAUGUUCAUGUAGUUGGAGCACUGCUAAAGUGAAGGUGAAACAGAGCUCUGAAAAACAUGUUUCUGGACUUCUGUUGCGGUGGUGAUUAUGGAAUAUUCAUUUAAAAUCAUUUUCCUUACUGAAAUGUAGGGCCUAACAGUGUACUUACUGUAAUGGCAAAAUGCUUGUGGAGUAAGAAUUUGUAUACUCUGAUAAAAAGCAUUCCUAAAGGGCAUACAUAGUUAAUUUCUUCUUUUCCUAAUUUGGAGGUGGUUUGGAAACAAAAAGAAGAGCUGUGAUUGAGAAUGGUGUUGUACUGAGGGGCUUAAGGUUGCCCUUCUUCUGCAGAACACAGUGCAGAGUUCAGUCUGGAAACCCUUUCUACCUGAGGGUGGUUCUACCUGUAUUCAAUGAAAAAUAAAUGUAUGUGUAUACGUAGAUUAAUAUAUAUACAUGUAUGUAUAUGUGUUUUUAUAUAUUUUUGUAAAACCAUGAGUUGAAUUCUCCUGUGUGCUCUGGUUCCUGUAGAUACUGAUACUGCUUACUGUUUACAUAUUCUAUACUACAAAAACAAAUACAGGGUAAACACCUCGAAUAAAUUGUAGAGGUAAAGAGAAAUCGGUUGAUGUUGGUAAGAGAACAAGCUGCAAGUUGCUAUAUACUUUGCAGUUUACUUUUCCAGCAUGACAUCACUGGGUUGUCUUGUUUCAUCCGUGUUUCUUCGAAGCCAGGCUUCCGUAAGAUGUGGCUUUGAUGCCAAUGGUGAGUGUGGUGAGAAGGCAGCUCGUGUUGUAGGCCUGCGGAGGUGGCAGGCGGAGCAGUUUCUCUCCAUCCGUGUCGAUCCAGAUUGUAAUUCUUAGAGCCAGGAAAAAAAGAUGGGAUGAUUUGCUUGGAAUGGUGUGUAAGGCCUUGGGAAUGAGGAUGUUGUUGGUGUUUUAACGUUGGAGACAUAGAUAGGAUCUUUAAGUGUGUUUUCACGUACUGGGAAUUGAGUUUUCUGAGUGCAUUGGCUUGCUUGUAGGAUAACAGUGGUUUCAAGUGAACUGUAAGCUUGAGUUUGCUGAAGUGCCCUUCUUUAAGAGCAUGUGAUCCUGAAAUACAUGGCCUGAAGUACAUCUCCCUUUUUCUUACUGUAGUCCUAUGAACAGCAAUAUGUAGAAUAAAAGCAUUCUGUCCACAUUUCCAGAAAACAAAAGAAAUGGGUGCCACACUUCGGGGAUGUUCCUUGGCCUCUAUCGAGACAUAAUAUGUUGCGAUGGUCAGUUUGCUGUCUUCCUGUAGUCCUUGCAAGCUUCAAUUCCAAGAAUCAGAGUUUCCAAGCAACCAAACCCUGCAAACAAAAGUAUUGUAUUUACAUCUUUGUUGCCUGGGAGUGUUGCUGCUGCCCCACACGUCGCUCCAGAUGGCCGGUGGGUUAGCAGAGAUCAAGUCACGGACAUACAGAGCGGAGCUGAGGUGGUGAUGAGCAGUCGAGAGGUGGUCGCUCUGAGUGUGGGAGGUGUGAGGUUUGUAACCCGGCCCUGCACCUUGCUGCAGUUCCCCGAGUCCAGGUUAGCACGCAUGCUGGGUGGUGACGACCCGGAGUUUAAACUGGUGAACGGAGAGUUCUUUGUGGACAGAGAUGGCGCUUUGUUCAGCUACAUCAUGGAUUUCUUGAGGACUCUUCAAGUCUCUCUGCCUGCUGAUUUUUCAGACUUCCAGAGACUGCGCAGAGAAGCGGAAUUCUAUGAGCUGUACCCUCUGGCUGAGCUCCUGGGCCAGGAACACCUCCUGAGGCCGAGGCUGGAGAUCUUGGAGGUGCGUUUUUUCCUCCAUGAGAUGCAGGCCUUUUUCCGCAUCUUCGGUUCCUGCAGUAGCACCGUGGAGAUGCUGGCCGAGCAAAUCACUGUGCUUACAGGGCAGCGGCCAGGGCAGGGCUGGAGCAGCCCUUUUCCUUCUCAGAAACCACUAAUUCCACUUCCUUUGGAAAGACCUUCUCAUCACGACCUGGUUUUUCAGUGUGGAACCGACUGCUCUGCUGGUGACCAGUUUGUGGCCAGGUACUCUCCAGAACGUGACUUCUCAUGAUAGAAACAGCUUCCUGGCUUCUACUCCAUGGAGUACACGCUGUGCACUAGCAAAGCUCAUUGUGAAGGAACUGUUGGACAACUGUCAGAGAGGGAAAAAAAAACGUUUCCUUCUUUCUGCUGGCUUAAUGUUAUGUUUUCCAGCUCUGAAGUACCCUGUUUGAUUUCUGUCAUGCUGUUCUUAAAAAUACUCCUGACUGUCUGAAAUACUGUUCUUGAUGUUCGUUUUUGUGUCUGGUUGGGUCUCUCCUCUCUUCUGUGCUCUCUCUGCGAGGCUUCAGAAUUCCACAGCAUCAGUGACCUUGUAGAAAACUCGAAAGAUGGAAUGAAAUGAGGCAAAGGAAGCAAAAUAAAUAAGCAGUGAGGUCCAGGAGAAGGCUAAAAUCUACUACCUUAUGGCCUGUAGAUUUUCAUAUUGAAAAGAGGGGAAAAAAAAAGGGGUGGCUAAACAGGGUCAAAGACACCAGAGGAACUGAGAUGGCAGUUCACGGACUGGAGAGCUUUUGUAGAGCCUUUUUACUCCAGGAAGAAGGGGUAUAUUAUUAACUGUGGGUAACACAGUGGGUUUUCUCAGAGCCAGGUUUGUUUUUUUUAAUUAAGAUUGCUGUAAAUCAAUGAUUUUUGUGAUAGCAGUAUCAUAUUCUAAUAGCAACUUGUAUUUUUUAAACAAGCUCUUGCUGGAUGUCUCUAUUGUAUGGGGACACAUUCUUACUGUAUAAGAAAGCGUAACCUCAUUUGUCCUCUGUGGCAGCUAGAACAUCUGGAACUUCAUGGAAAUUUCAUUGAAAUCGUUCCAAAAGGGUUAUUCUCUCUGAAUAUUUGAAUUAACACAGCAGCCCUUUGAUUGCGUCUUAAAAAAAUCAAUAGAGCCUAUCUUCCUUUUAGCUCUCUUCAGCUAAACGAGCACAGGGGAGAGAGAACUACUUUGCAUUUGUGAAGCGACAUCUAUUUACAUGGCAAACCUUAAUUUUGUCUAUUUUUAAUUAUUGUACUGGGCUGGCAGUUGGCUGAGCACGUUAUGGCUGCUUAAACAGCGUAUUCCUCAUUCUCUCCUUUUGUAAUUCUGACUUGGUAGAACUUUGCCUAUCAGUAGAAAAGCAUCCCCUGAUGCUGAACCCCCCUGAAACAAGCCAGCUUUGGCUCUGUAGCCUGAAUUUCUCUUGCCUUGGUCUUUGUGCUGGCAUCUUUUUUUGUGUGUGCUUCCCAUGAAUGUUUGGCAUACUUCCCUGUGAACUGUGGAAGGGUUUCACCCCUCACCUUAUGUAUUUUGUAACAGUAUUUUUUACCUGACUUCUGUUCCUUCAACUGGAUAGACUCUUACGGUGUACUUGAUACCAAGUAAAAGCUUGAAGCCAUGUGAAAAUGAUUUUCUUACUUGUUACCACCAGACCUGCUGUACGGGUCACUGCAAUAAAUGUCACUGUUUCUAGAGA